AACCGACUUUCAAGGCCAUUCAUUGGGCGCCUUUCUUUCUCCUCUUCCAUCCCCAGACAUACAGUUUUGGAGAAAAUCCCUACAGUCUUUCCCUCAAUACGAAAUUCGACCACAACACCGAGUCUAGUUGCCAGAAUCCGCCGUCAGCCUGUUCGACAGCAAACAAUUUUCGUUGUGCUUGGAUCGUUCUUCGUGUUCACAUGGGCGGCAAUUUCGACGAAUCUUGAAACGGACGAAUGGGUAGCGAGAUUGACGCGUGGUCAAGGUUCCCGCACCUGGCCGAACACCAUACGCUCAGUAGAUUUGAAACGCGCAGCUGAUAUCUCCCUUGCUCAAGAACUGAGGGACAAUCUCAAGAAGCUCGCGGAUUCGACCGAGGGAUUGCCGAAUGUGAUCAGGAACUUCGUGGUGUAUGGGUAUGGGAGUGUCGCGCAAGCAUAUCUCAACGUGACCGACGGGAAACGGUUAUGCUGGAAGAUCGGGCUACUCAAUGUCGGAGUGUGGCUUGCAUGGAGAUCGAAUGGCCUUCGGUCUUAUAUGCAACGUAAUUUUGCGCACGACGUGUUGUCCGGUAAAUCAAGGACUUUGUUGACUAGCAUACUGAGCUCGCGAUACUCUGUCGUUCUUCUCCUGAACUUGCUCUUUCUGGAUGGAUUUGGUUCUUCGUCUUCUUUUCAUAUGACGAAACGAAUGAAUGAAAGUAUCGGUGCUCCUCUGGAAGCCACGAGCGCAUACCAUUUUCUGGCAUUCUUCGUCUCCGCGGGGCUGUUCUCUGGCCUAGUAUCCCACAUUGUCCACCUCAAAAUCAUCUAUCCCCGAAUGAUAGCUCGCCUUUCGAGACAGGAUAGCCACUCUGCGUCGCGCCCAGACACUUGGGCCGCUGCUUUGCGUACCGCUAAUGCACCAACCCCUCGACUGCGGCUUCUUCGCUUCUUCAGACGUUCAGAAGCCCCAGAAAAUCCGUCGCUCAUGCCUCGAGCUGGAGCCACGGGUGUGCUCUAUGCCAUGAUGAUGUUGACAGCCCUGGGUUUCCCUGACGCUGAGAUCUCUCCAUAUUAUCCACCCAGCUGGUCUCUACCCUUGCAAUGGUGCAUGUCCGUCAUGCUCGUUUUUGAUGUUGUUGGUAUUUGGAGGGGAUGGAAGUUUUUUGACCACUUUGCGCAUCUGGCCGGUGCUGCGUUUGCUGCAAUCUACUAUAACUAUGGGACUCAGUUAUGGAUUUGGUUGCGCAUUAACUCAGUAGACGAACCUCCAUCCAAGAGUAGUCACCCUUCCCAGAGAUCAUAAUCAUCUUGAUUCUUGAUCAUGUACUACUAUCUGUCUUUUCUUCGACCGCCGCCGACGUCCUGUAUUACUCCCUUCUCAAUCACUCCCCAAAUCGCGAAUGAUCUUCGAACGGAGCUUUAUGAGGGCGAACAGGAUAUCUAUUUUUCGUGGAUCUCCGUCGCAAGUGGGGAAGAGACGCGGUCGAUGAAGCUGACCACUUGGCACGGGCAUGCGAGCGCAUACAAGGAGAUUCCCGUGCCCCUCCCGCGGUCGUCUACGAAUGGCGCGUGGAGGCUUGCUUUGAAGGGCAGUGCCAACGCGCCGUUGGCCGUCCGCCUAGAUGCGGCUGAUGAGGUUGUAUUAUCUCCUCACGCGGUGGUUUCGAUGCCCAUUCUCUUGGGCCGGCCCCAGAGCUCCAAAAUCAAGGCACAACUUCAGAACCAAAUAGAGAGAGUCUAUACAUGGGGUGCGGACGAGGAAAACAUCCACAGGGUCGUUGUAACGGAGCAGACCUCCUUUGAUUUGGACAAGGUGAACGACUCUUUGGCCAUCGUAGAUGUGUCUCUGAAGAGGGCCCCCAGAAAAUUUGGGACAGUGGAAUUGGACUGAGCUCCUGGCUUGUUACUCAUCCCCCGGCGUUUCUCAACUCUGUGGAACCAUUGCGUGUAGUGGAACUGGGAACAGGCACUGGCAUUGUGAGCAUCGUUCUCGGAACAUUGCGCCCAGAUUUUCGCAUCGUCGCGACAGAUGUCGGUGAAUACAUCCUGUUCUCGACGCUGUCAUUCCAACUGAUACAGCGCACACACCAGAUACCGCUAUGCCAUUGCUGCAGCACAACAUCAAGCUCAACAGAUCUAAUGUUGAAGCGGCGGUACUCGACUGGGAUGAGGAACGAUUUCCGGACUGCGUGGACCAGUGCGAGGCGUUCGAUUUGAUCAUGUGCGUUCCUGUUUCUUCGUCCGGCAGCACGUAGCAGCUCCAACGCUGUUUCCAGAAUGGCAGAUGUGACUUACAACACGGCCUCAUUUCCAUCUUUGGUCCAGACCGUGAAAGCGUUGGUCAACAAGAGCCCGAACAAAACACCUCAGAUUAUCUUGGGAUACAAGGAGCGUGAUCCUGGUGAGCGUGAGUUGUGGGGGAUGAUGGAGGCUGGUGGCCUUCAUUUCCAGUCUGUAGGGCGAAUCGUUGGAAGCGGUGAAAAUGCUGUGGAGAUCUGGCAGAUGGCGUAGCCAUGGAGAAAUCCGUGGGAGAGAUUAGAGGCCAGAUCCUUGUUCUUCUUUCUCACUUCCAAUCGCCACCAGCAAGCCUGGUCGUGGAGAUCCCACUAUCUGCAACGCUGGAAAUCGACGGCCUCUUCCGUCCCGCAUCUUAUGGCCAUGUCCCACACAACUGCUAUUCCCCUUUCCGUCACUCGGCAAAAGAGACGCGGGCCUCCGAGUCGCUUCUCCGCGUCACCAACUCAAAAUCACCUCGAGAUCAGAGAGAAAGCACCCUUUCGGGUCCCAUUCUAUCACUGUCCAUCAUCCACAAGCUCUACUCAACAGAAAGCGACAAAGCGCACAACUUCUAAUACACUAGCUGUUAGCGCACGGCCUCCUCGUCCCCUUUCACACCGUGCGCCCAGGGAACCACCCACUGCUGUCCCCAUUCGGCGCGGUGGCCAGUCUCGUCCAGUACCAACAUCCGUCUCCUCACGGCAGAAUAAUACCCAGACUAAGCGUCACAAAGCUUCUGGUCGGCCGAGCGAGGCGACUUCAUCUUACCGGGACACAUCCUCUUCACCACCAGUAUCCACUAUUCCGGGUCAGCCACGGAUCGCCAAUGUAGCUGGUUCAGUGUCAAGCGUGACGAAGGUCGCAAGGCUUGAGAGCUCGCUCCCAAGCGACGGCAUUUUGGUCCAAGCCGGCGUGAAUUUUCAGUCAGACAGGCAAGAUACACGAAUUGAGCUAAUGAACACACCGUUCGGGCAAAGACGCAUCAUAAGAGUUGUAGUUCCGCCAUUGGAACAAGGCUUAAAGCCCUCCGCGAAUCCUCAGAUCCGCUCGGAGCUUGAACUGCUCCGUGCUCAAAGCCGAGUGGCAAGACUCAGCUUACAGACGGUCAUAUCAUCUCACUCUUCCCAGAUAUUACAGAAUGGAAAUGCGUUGUUGUUG